AUGACGGCCACGCAGAGGUAUUUCCCCAGCGUUUCUCUUAGUCCAACUGCCUAUCCUCCUGGUCCUGGGCCUGCUGCUGCUCAAAUGCCGCGCUUACUGAGGUCCGAGGAUGCGGCUGCGCCAGUCUGGAAGGAUAUGCAGCAGCGCUUGGGUCGAACGGCCUCUUCAGUGGCCACAACGGUUCCAGGAUCGCCACCCGACCAUGCAGCCUCGUCUGUGAUUGCAACAUCAGCAAGCCAGAGCCCAACGCCGUCGCAGCAACCUGCAAGACAGCUGAAGCCUACUCAACUGCUGGAGGUGAAGGUCGGGGAUUCCCCAUCGCCCACGCCCCCGGUGCCGGUGCCCGGCUCGCCCGUGGACCUGCCCUGGACUCGCCUGGCCUCCGGCAACCUGGAAGGUCUCGGGGAGGAAAGCAAAGCUGAUGAUCUUCGCCGAAGCAGAAGUAGAACCGAAAGCAAAGCAGAGGACGUCCCCAGCAGAGGUUCUGAACUCCAAGCCGCUGGAGGUGAAGCGAAAGCUGAUCCAAGCAUUAGGCAAGAAAAGAAAGCAGAUGCCAGACGCAUCAGUGAGGAUGCAAGAGCCAACAUCAGAAGCGCAGGCGAAGAGCGAAAGUCUGAUGCGAAAGCCAUAGAAUGGCGAGGUGAGGAGCGGAAAGCAGACCAUAGAAUCGCUGAGAGAGGUCCACCAGCAGAGGAGAGACGAGAAGCCAAGGGCCGAGGAGAAGAGCGCAAAGAUGCCCGGCCCAAAGGCGAUGACGCAAGAUUGGCCGGAAUGAGGGCCAGAGGAGAGGAUGCCAAGCCACGCAUCAAAGCUAGAGGUGAUGAGGCAAAGGUGCUUGAUGGCAGAACGAGGGGUGAAGAGGCUAGAGUCCGUAUGAGAGGUGAAGAGGUCAAGGUGGAGGCCAGGAGGCGGCAAACAGGCGAGGAGGCAAAAGACCUGAAGGACCUGCGGCGCAAGAGCCAAGAAGCCAAUGACAGUCCUGUGAGAAAGCCCGCAGCGAGGCGUGUGGAGAAAGGAAAGGAACCGCCAGGGAUCAGGGCGAGGGCAGCUCGAGAAGGCGAACCGAGAGCCGAGAAGUCAGCGGAAAAGCCGCCAGAGAAGCCCGUGAAGUUGGAGAAGCAAGACCAGGAUCCGCUUGCUCCUCCAGAAAGCUCGGCCUCAGCAUGGAGGAAGUGGAGGCUCCUGCAAGACGGAGACGAAACGAGGCCAGAGGACCAGCCCGAGGCCAGCUUUUGCCGGGAGAUGUUCAUCAGCCGCAGACACGGGCGGCCCGAGGACCACUACCGCGUUUUGGGCGUCCUUGGCAAGGGGUCCUUUGGUGUGGUUCGGAAAGUCCAAUGCCGGCAGACCAAGGCCAUGAGAGUGAUGAAGAUCGUGGACAAGCAAAAGGCUCUGAGUGGAGGAUAUCCUUUGAAGCUCAUCAUGGAAGAGAUCGACAAGCUCAAGUCCUUGGACCACCCGGCUGUCUUGAGGCUCUUCGAGUACUAUGCGGACUCGCGGUCCCUCUACUUAAUUACAGACCUUCUACCAGGUGGAGACCUGCUGGAGGCCGUGGAGAAAUCGUAUGCCGAAAAGAAGCAACUACCAGAAGCAUGGGUUGCAGCGGUUUUCAGGCAAGCAUGCGAAGGGGUGGCAUACUGUCAUGCGAAGGGCGUAAUGCACAAGGACUUGAAGCUGGAGAAUAUCAUGCUUUGCUCCAUUGAUCCACCAGAAGCCGUCGUCAUCGACGUUGGGUUAGCGGAGCUUUUCCCACCUUCCGAGGCCGACUCCUUCAAGUCAGCAGAUGCUGCAGGCACAUUGGCCACGAUGGCUCCAGAGGUCAUACGUGGCAGUUUUUGUGCCAAGUGUGAUGUGUGGUCGUUGGGCUGCUGUCUCUACGCGCUGCUGUGCACACGGCCAAGACGCCUGAGGGACACGCCUCUCCCCGAAGAUGCGAAGCCGGAAGACGAUGACCCAAGUUGCUAUUACAAUUACUUCUAUCCAUUCCGGCCUCCGUUGGGCGAGUCUCGCACAGAGCUCAAGGCCUAUAUCGAGCGGCAGAGACGAGGGCCUGAUUUGGCUCGUUUGCGUUGCUCCGCAGUUGCCGAUGAUUUGGUGAAAGACCUACUGACCUUUGAGGAGCCGACAAGGCCGCACAUGCAGGCAGUCCUGACGCACCGGUGGCUGCAAGAAUCUCGGGAGCGAGAGCAAGUACUAGGAGCUGGUCAGGUUGACAGUCUUCUUCAGUUUCACCGCACCAACGCUCUGGCGCAGGCAGUGCUCUUGGACAUGGCGUCACAGCUGCCGCUGGCACAGCUCAGAGAACUGACACAGCUGUUUGAGUCCAUGGACAAGGACGGGAAUGGCAUGCUAGACCGGGGAGAGCUCACAGAAGCCUUAAUGAAGGCUGGCCUGGAGGGGGAGCCUGCAAAGCAGGCUGCCGUGCGGCUCCUUGAUGAUGGGGGCGGUUCUGUGGAGUUCUCACGUUUUGUUGCGGCGUUGGUGCCAUCUUGCCGCGAGCUCCUUACAGCCAAGCUUCUGCGAAGCAGUUUCGACAGGCUGGAUGAGAAUGGUGACGGCUUCGUGAGUCGAGCAGAGCUGCAGCGAUUGCUGGAGAGAGCUGGCUCCAGACUGUCGCAUGCACAGCAACAGCUGGAAAAGAAAGAUAGGCAUGUGGUGGUUCAGCAAAAGAGCGAUCGAGUGCCAGAUUCCUCAGAUGAGGAUGUCUGCGUUUCGAGCGAGUCCAAGCGGCUCCGGGCUGCCAAAGCAGCACGCAAGGCCUUCGACGGCAUCAGCGGCGAAGGUCGCGUGCGUGUGUCCUUCGAGUCUUUGCAAAAGCUUCUGGGAGAUUUUACCUCCUGA